ACUGAUAAUGCUGAAUGCACAGGCACACAGGUUGCCAAAUCAAAAUGGUAAUGUGUUUGAUUGAAUGACGUAGGUCUACUGUAUGUCUAUGAUUUGAUCAUCCAGUAUGUCUGGCAAAAACAUCAGACCGGACACGGGGCCUGGUCCUCUCCCUGCCUGUUGACCCUGUUGCGCCGUGCGUGCCUCCAAGGAAGAGCACGUUAGCAUGGAAAUGAUAGCAUUCGAUGGUACUAGGAAGUGCAUCGUCACUACCAAAACAACACUCCAUGCCAUUCGGGAUCCGUGGGGGACGUCCACAGUACCGUUGAAGUUCAAAUUCAAGAUGGUUAAGGGUUAAAACCUCUUAAGAAUCUGACCUGUUUCUUCUUCAAUUUUCGCCUAAAAUGACAUACCCAGACACAACAGGGGUCCAAACUGUAGAACCCAGUUCCUACAUUUGAAUAUUAAACUGAAUUGUAUCAAACAAAACUAUGCUAUAUUUUAUCUCUGGGAUGCUCAGGAUGACAAAUCAGAGCAAGAUUACUGAAUGUUCAUCUCCCUCUGUUGUGCUGGUUCCAGUGCUAGGUUCCAGUGCCGCUACCUUUGCUCCUCCAUCUUCUCUGUUGAGGCCUAGUUGUCCUCCCUGUCCCCCACCUCUAGAUGAACUGUCUGAGAGAGGAGUGGAGCCAGGGCCUGCAGUGGAGGUAGUGGAAGAGGAGUGUGAACUGGUGGAUCUUGAACCAUCAUUAGAGACAGCAGUGGGGGUUGUGGAUCUGGCAGAGGAGGGUGAAGACCUUGACCGGCUGGGGGAGCAGGUUGAGAGCUCCAAGCACACCAAGACAGUCGGGAAGAGGGCACGACAAAACCUAUUCCCCCUCAGUAGACUGAAAAGAUUUGGCAUGGGUCCUCAGAUCCUCAAAAGGUUCUACAGCUGCACCAUCAAGAGCAUGGUGAGAACUGGUUGCAUCACUGCCUGGUAUGGCAACUGCUCAGUCUCCGACCGCAAGGCACUACAGAGGGUAGUGCGUACGGCCCAGUACAUCACUGGGGCCAAGCUUCCUGCCAUCCAAGAACUCUACACCAGGCAGUGUCAGAGGAAGGCCCUAAAAAUUGUCAAAGACUCCAGCCACAAUAGUCAUAGACUGUUCUCUAUGCUACCACACGGCAAGCGGUACCGGAGCGGCAAGUUUGGGUCCAAGAGGCUUCUCAACAAGUCACAAGACUCCUGAACAUCUAAUCAAAUGGCUACCCAGACUAUUUGCAUUGCCCCCCCAGUCACUUUAAUAAAUCUACCUACAUGUACAUAUUACCUCAACUUACCAGUGCCCCCGCACACUGACUCCCCACUGUGUGUGUAUAGUCUCGCUAUUGUUAUUUUACUACUGCUCUUUAAUUACUUGUUACUUUGAUUUCUUAUUCUUACUCAUAUUUUUUUAAACUGCAUUGUGGGUUAGGGGCUCGUAAGUAAGCAUUUCACUGUAAGGUCUACCUGUUGUAGUCGGCGCAUGUGAUUAAUAACAUUUGAAUUGGGGGGGUGAUUUGCUCCUAAACGUCAUCAUCCUCUCUGUGGAGAAUAAAAUAAAGGAAUACAAAAGGAUCGAUAUUGCUAAGAUACACAUCACUACAUUACUGUUAUGUAAAAGCAAUAUACUUAUCGUUUACACCCAGCCUCAACUUUUCUACAAAUUCCCUGCUGGUGACUUUUAUCAUAUCAUCUCACAGCCCUCUCUCAGAGAGACACUGUAAAUGUCUAACUUCUUCAGUAAGUCCCCCUCCCCCACUGCACAUAGCAGGUCAUGGGGAAUUAUAAACUGGUUCCUUUUGUAGUAAUAAUGUGUUCUUUUUUGUUUUUGCUCAAUCUGAUUGGGUGGGCUUGGCUCCCAAGUGGGUAGGCCUGUGUCCCUGCCUCCCAGUGGAAAACUAAUUAGAAAACCUUGUACAAACAGGACACAAUUAGAUAGGCCUACACUGUGUGUUGGCUAUAUAUACAGUCCAAAACAUAUUCAUGCCAAGGCUUUGAAAGCAUCUGUUCAAAAUACCUAAUGUGUUCUCAGUGCGUCCUUUCACAAUGCUGGUAGCAAAAUUACGCAAAAGAGCAAGUCAGACCUACCCAGUCCCACCCAGAUCAUCUGAUAUGACUGUAAAGCUGAUUUUAUUGGUAACAUGACUGUCUAUCUUUCAUUUUACCAGCUGAUAUACCAUAUAGUUUUAGCUUCUCCACACUAACGGACUGAGUCGCAGCCAUCUUAUUUGGGAUCA